CCACUUUGACUACGUUGUCCAUCUACUUGUACACCAGAAUGGUGAUUCUGAAGAAGAACGACCUGACCACGCUGAAAUAUGUCUCUGCUCCAAACACCAUGGCAGGCGAAACCGAGGGCAAACUCACCGUCACCACCGUUAAGGAGUAUGACUUGCAACAGGUGCAGUCCUCCAUCAAGUCCAUCUUCACCUCGUUGGCAAUGAUGGGCUUCAUGCACUUGUACAUGAAGUACACCAACCCAUUGGUGAUGCAAUCCAUCUCUCCUGUUAAGUCUGCACUGGAGUCCAACAUCGUCAAGAUCCAUCUCUUCGGCAAGCCUGCUUCUGGCGACCUCAAGAGACCGUUCAAGGCUCCUUCCCUGUUUGGAGGCUUUGGUGGUGACCAGGACGUGAAGACCGAUAAGCAGUCCAUCGAGACCGCUGAGACUGCUGGAACAGGUGGUGUUAAGCAGGAGUAAACGGUACCAUACAUAGAUUGUACGCAAAAAAGGAGCUUGCGGAUAGAAAGAGCCCUCCACUGCUCUCUCUGAGCGCACCACUCUCAUUAAUAAAGCCAUAAGGCGUGUUGAA